ACACGCAAGAAUUCUUCACACUGGUCAACAUGAAUCGCCCAGCUCCAGUCGAACUGUGCCACAAGAACAUGAGAUUUCUUAUUACACACAACCCAACAGAUGGCACACUCAGCUCCUUCAUAGAGGACUUGAAGCGAUAUGGUGCCACAACAGUGGUCCGAGUUUGUGAUGUCACUUAUGACAAAACACGGCUUGAGAAAGAUGGCAUUACAGUGGUGGACUGGCCAUUUGAUGAUGGAGCCCCGCCACCCAGUAAGCUGGUCGAUGAUUGGUUGAAUCUGCUAAAGAAGACAUUUCAGGAGGAUCCAGGAAGCUGUGUGGCUGUUCACUGUGUGGCUGGAUUAGGGAGGGCUCCUGUGCUUGUUGCUUUGGCUCUGAUAGAAAGUGGGAUGAAAUAUGAGGAUGCUAUUCAACUCAUCAGACAGAAGCGUCGUGGAGCCAUCAACAGCAAACAGCUAACCUACCUGGAGAAAUAUCGAUCUAAGCAUAGGCUCCGUUUCAAAGACUCCCGCAAACACAAGAACAAAUGCUGCAUCGUAUGAACACAUGCACACACACACGCAGGCACACACACAGAGACAUUUCUCAGGAAUUCAGCAGUACAAGGCUUCAGUCAUUGUCACAAAUACUAAAAACAGAGGCGUCAGUGCCCAUGUUGAAUCUUAAAAAGUUUUUCUUCUUUGUUUCCCUUUCUUUUCUUUUAAUAUGUUUUUUUUUAUUUUUGCUUAUUUGCUGUAAACAAACAGCUGCAGGAUGGAUAAAGGACAGGAAAUCAUUUUAAAAAGUGUUAUAGAGGAUUGUUUUUACAAUAUAAUUCUGCAGGGAAUUUAGCUAUGAGCUGCAUGAGCCACAUUCAAAUGUUCAACCGAACAAGUCCUGAAACUUAUACAGAUGUGGGGUGAAACUUUGAUUCUGUUGUCCCUGGUGACUGGUUUUCAGCACCUUAAGUCUGACCCGACUUUAAUGAAUGUUUAACACUAUCGGGAUAUAAAAUUGUAAACAGUUAAAUUUGUGUUUCUUUUAUUUUUUCUUUCUUUUUGGGCUUAAAAACCCUUAAAAACAUGUUUUUAACAAUUUGGAGAGACUAAAAUUUUAUCAGGUUUAAUCCAAGGGUAAUCUUAGCCUGAGGUAUUAGUCUCACCCUAGCGCAAAUGUUGCUGUGCAUUAUUAAAUGAUCCAGUCUAGUUUAAAGUUUUAUUAUUUUCAUAUGUAUCGGUGUGGAGUUUAUUUCAGUUGUAUUUUACCUGAAUGAUGCAUGUAAACAAUCACUUUGAAAAAAUCAUUUAAAAAUCUGUUUUUGAUGAUGAUGAUAACAGAGCAUGCACUUUUUAUGCAAAAAGUAGAGUCCUUAUGACAGUCUCUUUUAUUGUAAAAGCAUCUUCAACCUGAAUUGAUAUACAUAAAUUAAAAUGCAUGAAAAACUAAAUGGACAAUGAAAUAGGCAGAGGGUGUAAAACUGAAGUUAGGAGGAGGGAAAAUGUUAAUAGGAUCUAGCAACCCUUUGAUUUACAAUCUUUACCUGAAAGCAUUUUAAAGCAAAUGGCAAAUAUUUUCUUGUUCACAUGACGUGUGUGCAUAUUUGUUUGCUUGUGUGCGUGUGUGGGUGUGGGUAUAUGGGGCGGCCUCUAUACAUUGUUUACUACUGGGGCAGGCCUGAGCUGACACUUUUUUAUGUAAAAAAAAACAAAAAAAACAAGCUGUAAAUGAUAGUCU